AUGAUUGAUGCCGCAAGUGGCGGAGCCAUGUUUAAUAAGACUCCAACCGAGGUUAGAGCUCUAAUUAGCACUAUGGCCGAAAACUCCCAACACUUUAGUGUUAGGAGUGACAUGAGAAGAGAGCCACAAAAGGCGAAUGAGGUCAAUGUUUCUAGUAUUGAAAGUCGCUUAUUUGAUCUUACUAACAUGGUUAAGCAGCUUCUAGUAGGAAAAGAGCAGAUGAAAGCUUGUGGUAUCUGUUUAGGAACGGGCCAUCCAACYGAUGCGUGCCCGCAACUUCAAGAAGAUGUGUUUGUGACGGCCGAAGACGUGAACGCGGUAGGAGGUUUCCAAGGUCAGCCACAACAACAAAGGUAUUUUAACAAUACCUUUGGCAACCAAAGACCUCCUCAAUUCCAGAAUUUUGUUCAAAGGCCGCCACAACAACARUUUCAACAAGGAGCUCCAUUCAAUCCAAAUCAAGCUACUUCUASUGGCUCAGGUAUGUCCCUUGAAGACAUUGUUAAAAAUCUAGCCACUAACACUCUUCAAUUCCAACAGAAAACGGAGGCUAGUAUUCAAAAUUUGGGAGCUCAAAUGACACAGCUUGCAACUGCCGUGAGCCGAUUGGAAUCUCGAGGGAAACUGCCCUCUCAAACGGAAACACCUCCGAAGUUGAAUGUGAGUAUGAUGACCUUGAAGAGUGAGAAGAAAGCUGGUAGAGCAAGAAUGAGAAAUGUUAUUGAAGAGGAGACGCCCGAAUUUGCCAUCCCACCACCGUUUCCCGAAAGGUUUAGACAACUAAAGAAGGAGUACAAGUUGGAAGCGACUCCCGAGAAGAUUGAAGACAUAUCUCAAACAGUUCAAGAAGCAGAUGGUGAUGAUGAGCAAGAAGCCAUURCGGAGAAAGAAGAGAAAGUUGUUGAAGUAGAAGACACCUUAAGGGUCGUGCAACCAAAGCUACCAUCUAAAUGCGAGGAUCCAGGUACAAGUACAAGUACAACCAAGAAUACUAUGGCUGCAGCUGCAACCGAUAGCUCCUCGACCAUGCGUUCUACCAAUAAGAAUGGUACCACUACCAUGAGAUCUGCAGAUGCAACCCACACCUCCUCCUCCUCCACCAAGCCUUCUUCCAAGAAGAAUACCCCAUAA